GUAGCAUCUAAACAAACAUCACUUUGCGGGCCGCUUUCGAUUGGGCGCAUGGGCCGGUGGAGCCUCCUUCUUCUCGUUGUGGCUCGUGGAGACCUCGUUGGAGGAUGGAAGAAUGGAGUUAUCCUCGACCACAUUGCAAGACAAGAGAUAGUGAAUCAAGCCAAGGCUGAGAUAAGAGCCCUUGACGGCGGCGUUUGCCCCAAGAGUUUUCGUGGAUUCUCCAAUGGCUAUGAUUAUGGCAUCGGCUGUGCAUUUGUGGAGAAGAACUUGGCAGACCUGAAGGGUAAGGGCUGUCGCUGUCCCAGCUUUCUCGAUGUUUGUGCCACAAAGCCGCGCUUCCGCAGCACAAGCCAGCUCCAUGACGAUUUGGUCCGACUGACCGUCCCACUACUUGGGUAUUGUCGCACAGGUGCCUGGGUCUUUGUUCUUUGCGGUGCGCUGCUUCUGGGAGCAUGGGGAGGCAUUGCAUUGCUUUUGAGGAGAAGCCGCGUGCAUGUCUCCAGGAGAGAAGAAGCAGGACAAGCCUAAGCCAAAGCUGCUGCGGCUCAGAAAAAA